GCGACUACUUUUGUUAAUAAAGUAUAUCAUAUAUUUAUGACUUCAUUAUCAGUUAUCAUCCAUAUCGGAAGGAGGAAAAUAGAUUUCUGGGCAUGAAAACUUAAUUCAUUCGAUCAAUAAAUCCAACCCAAUGUACCACAACAUAUCGCUAUCAUCACACAACAUAAAAGCAUUCCUUAUUCUUUCAUACAAACGCAUGCAUACAAAUAUCAUUAAAAAACAACCUUCCUUAUUCCACCCUCCCACUGACAGCAUCCUCAUCUGUCAAGUAGGCUAGGAUGCAUCCACUCGCUUUCUUCAUCUUAGGAUACUUCAUCCUCUUCAUAACCGCCAAUCUGCAUUCCCUCUACGAUACAUGGACCUCAUCUACCCUCUACUGUGUGCGCGAACCAUAUACAAUCACCACGCUCUCUUCUUCAUUCCCUAAUCCUAAAUGUUUCCGCACGAGAAUCGAUCAAAUUACCCAGGUUUUGCAAGAUGUGCCCAGCGGGGACCAUGCUGAGAAAAUUACUUGGUUGAAUGGUUUUGUGUUGCCCGGGAUUAUUGAGUCGCAUGGUCAUAUUUUGCAGUAUGGGGAGAUGUUGGAGAGUGUUAGUUUGUAUGAUGCGGAGAGUGUGGAGGAUGUGAGGAGGAGGAUUAAGGAGUGGUUGGCUAGACAUCAAGGGGAGGGGUACGGAGAGAGAGAGAAGUGGAUUAGAGGGGUAGGAUGGGAUCAAGCUCAUUUUGGGGGUGUGAUGCCCACGGCUGUAUGUAUUCAUUCAUCUUUAUCUCAAUAUUUUCCGUGAUGUGAAAGAAUUUGCUGAUGGGAUUCAUAGAAACAACUUUCUGAGGAUCCGCAAUUAAAGAAUUUAUAUAUUAUGCUCGAUAGAGUUGAUAUUCAUUGUGUAUGGACUUCAGAAAAAGUCCUCUCUCUUCUUUCGGAUCCGCUUCCUGAAGCUCCUCCUGGUGGAGAAGUUAUUACCAAUCCUGGACCUGGUGUCUUUUGCGAUAAUGCAAUGGAUAAUUUUAUCUAUCCUCUCGCACCAAAGCCGGAUAUACCUCAGAAAGUCCGCUGGCUCAAAACUGCAAUGGGAGAGUUAAAUAAAGUAGGUAUCACAGCCAUGAGUGACGCUGGUAUGCGAAUGGAAGAUGUGAAAAUCUUGCAAGACUUGGCUAGAAGAGAUGAACUCAGUGUUAGAAUUCGAGUCAUGGCGGAAUGUGAAGAAAGAAAUACUUUUUGCCAUCAAGACUUACGGACAGUGAAAGUUAUGAGGGAUGGUUCUGGUGGUGGUGAUAUGCUGUUGUUUGGAGGAGUCAAACUCUUUGCAGAUGGAGCUUUAGGUUCUUGGGGGGCGGCAUUAUUGGAACCAUACUCGGAUAAGCCUGAAACUAAUGGAAUGAUGUUGAUCAAUGAAACCGAAUUAACGGAAGUUGUUAGAAAGGUAUUUGGCCGCUGCCUUUCUUUUGCAUAUCAGGUUUGCUAAUUCGUCAAGUUUUACCAUUGGGAUUACCAGAUCAAUAUCCAUGCUAUUGGUGACCGAGCUAAUAGAGCUGCUAUCAAUGCAUUUGAAGCUGUUCUAGGAUCUAAUUGUCAUGGGUGCAAUGAGGGAAGACGACUGAGAAUCGAGCAUGCACAAAUCAUAGUAAAGUUCCCACAUCUAUAAUCGACAUUUUUUCUAACAAAUCCCCCAGCAUCCUGAUGAUCAAAUACGCAUUGCAAAAAUGGGCAUCCUUCCCAGCAUACAGCCAACACAUGCUACAUCCGACAUGGCCUACGCAGUAUCUCGUCUAGGAGAAGAGCGUCUCUCCAACUCCGCCUAUCGCAUGCGGUCAUUCUUCCCUCUCUCACACAACAACAAUAACACCAACAAAACCUCAUCAUACCCCGGUCCAGUUCUCGGCUCAGAUUUCCCAGUCGAACCUCCAAAUCCUUUCCAUGGUAUCUACGCCGCUGUUACCCGUCUCAAUCCCAAAACUGGUACUUCGCCCUCGGGACCAAAAGGUUGGUAUCCGGAAGAAAGUCUCUCGAUUAAACAAGCUAUUCAUGGUUUCACGCGCAACGCAGCUUGGGGUUGGAACUUGGAAAAUAAAACAGGUGCGUUAGAGGUAGGGAUGUGGGCGGAUUGGAUUGUGGUUGAUAGGGAUGUGAUGGGUAUGGAUGGAGAUGGGGAUGGGAUGAAAGUGGAUGCCUUGAGGAGUUUAAAGGUGCUGGGUACCUGGGUUAAGGGAAAGAAUGUUUGGAUGAGGGAAGAUGGGGUUGUGGGGAUUGAUGGGGUGUUAAUGGAGGGUGCUGGGUUUUGGGGGAUUACUGGGUUAGGGAGGGGCUUGGUGGGCAGGGUGGGGGAUUGGUGGGGUGGGAAGGGGAUCUUUGAAGAGACUUGUGAGAGGGUUGGCAUGGCAUGGCAUAAGGUGGUAAAUUGAAAAAAUGAGUAUAGAAGAAGAAGAAGAGAAAGGAAGGGAAGGAGAAAGACAUCCUCCAAGAAACAAAAAGUACAUACCUGAAUACCCUAGAUACCUAAAUACCUAAAUAGCAUUAGAAUAGAAACCCCUCCUAGAGUAACCCUUAGAUAGAAUAUAUAUAAAAAA